AUGGCUACCACUUCGCAUAUGUUUAUGUACUCUUUGACGAUACAGCCUCCUACUGCAGUUACACAGGCCAUUCUAGGCCAGUUCGCUGGAACUAAGGAACAGCAGAUCGUCACUGCGUCAGGGUCAAAAUUGACCAUUCACCGGCCUGACCCUACACUAGGCAAAAUCACACCGAUCUUCUCUCAAGAUGUUUUCGGCAUCAUCCGCUCGCUCGCAUCUUUCCGCGUGUCUGGCAGCAACAAAGAUUAUAUCAUCAUCGGCUCGGAUUCGGGUCGCAUCACAAUUAUUGAGUACAUCGCCUCACAGAACCGCUUCAGUCGGAUCCAUAUGGAAACAUUUGGAAAAUCUGGAGUUCGUCGCGUGGUUCCAGGAGAAUAUCUCGCAGUUGACCCAAAGGGACGCGCCUGCCUGAUCGCCUCUGUGGAAAAGAACAAGCUGGUCUAUGUUCUCAACCGCAACUCCCAGGCAGAACUCACCAUCUCCUCACCCUUGGAAGCACACAAGCCCCACACCUUGGUGUUCGCGAUGGUUGCCCUGGACGUUGGUUAUGACAACCCUAUCUUCGCUGCCCUUGAGGUCGACUACUCAGAAGCUGAUCAGGACCCGACUGGCCAAGCAUUCCAAGAACUUGAGAAAGUUCUGGUGUACUAUGAACUGGAUCUCGGAUUGAACCACGUCGUUCGCAGAUGGUCUGACCCUGUGGACCGCACAUCAUCGAUGCUUUUCCAGGUGCCUGGCGGAGCUGAUGGACCCAGUGGUGUCUUGGUGUGUGCAGAGGAUAGCAUCACCUAUCGACACUCCAACCAAGGUGCAUUCCGCGUGCCCAUCCCGCGUCGCACUGGGCCCACUGAAAACCCCGAGCGUAAACGCUCGAUUGUUUCAGGUGUCAUGCACAAGAUGAGGGGUGCUUUCUUCUUCCUGCUUCAAACCGAGGAUGGUGAUUUGUUCAAAUUGACCCUGGAAAUGGUCGAAGACGAGAACGAACAACCAAUUGAAGAAGUGAAGUGUCUGAAAAUCAAAUAUUUUGACACGGUCCCUAUCGCGACCAGCCUUCUGAUUCUAAAGAGCGGCUUCCUCUAUGUUGCUAGCGAAUCAGGGAACCACAAUUUCUACCAAUUCGAGAAGCUCGGCGAUGAUGACGAGGAGACAGAGUUCUCCAGUGAGUCCUUCUCAGCUGAUCCGUCAGUUCCCUCCACCCCCGGUUACUUCCAUCCUCGAGGUGCCGAGAACGUCAACCUCAUGGAGAGCAUGAACUCUUUGAGUCCUCUGAUUGGCAGUCAAAUCGUCAAUCUGAGCGAGGACGAUGCACCCCAAAUCUACACGAUCUGUGGUUCCGGCGCCCGCAGCACAUUCAGGACCCUCAAGCACGGCCUUGAGGUCUCAGAGAUCGUGGAGUCCGACCUCCAGCAGUUGCCCUCAGCUGUAUGGACGACGAAGUUGACUCGCGCGGAUGAGUUUGACACAUACAUUAUUCUCUCCUUUGCGAACGGCACACUUGUUCUGAGCAUUGGAGAGGUUGUUGAAGAAGUAUCGGACACCGGCUUCCUCUCAACUGCCCCUACUCUGGCCGUACAACAACUUGGCGAGGAUACCCUGGUUCAAGUUCACCCCCGAGGAAUCCGUCACAUUCUUGCUGAUCGGCGUGUGAACGAGUGGCCUGCUCCUCAACACCGGUCCAUUGUCGCAGCAGCGACCAAUGAACGUCAGGUUGCCGUGGCGCUUAGUUCCGGUGAAAUCGUCUACUUUGAGAUGGAUGCAGACGGUACAUUGGCCGAGUAUGAUGAACGAAGACAAAUGUCUGGUACUGUCACCUCGCUGAGCAUGGGCGAGGUCCCAGAGGGCCGCAUGCGAAGUUCUUUCCUGGCUGUUGGAUGCGAUGACUCGACUGUCCGUAUUCUUAGCCUCGAUCCAGACACAACACUUGAGAACAAGUCGGUUCAAGCCCUGACAUCUGCACCAUCUGCCUUGCAGAUUAUGUCAAUGGCCGACUCGAGCUCGGGAGGCACGACUCUGUAUCUUCAUAUUGGACUUUACUCUGGUGUCUACCUUCGCACUGUUCUGGACGAGGUGACGGGUGACCUUUCGGACACCAGAACCCGAUUCAUCGGUGCCAAGCCAGUCAAACUGUCCCAGGUAUCAGUCAAGGGACAAACUGCUGUACUCGCCCUCAGUGCUCGUCCCUGGUUGGGCUACUCUGACAUCCAGACCAAGAGCUUUAUGCUCACGCCUCUCGACUACGUCGGACUCGACUGGGGAUGGAAUUUCUCCAGUGAGCAGUGCGUGGAGGGCAUGAUUGGCAUCCAAGGCCGCAACUUACGGUACAAAAAUUCCAAUUUAUUUUCUCCGUUGACAAAUUGGACAAUAACAUGCUCCAAGAUUCUAUUCCCCCUCUCCUACACCCCUCGAGAGUUCGUGAAACAUCCCGAGCAACCCUUGUUCUAUGUCAUCGAAGCCGAUAACAAUGUCCUCUCCCCUGCCACACGCCAGAGACUUCUUGAAGACUCUCAGGUGCACAAUGGUGAGGCCACAACAUUGCCACCCGCGGAGUUCGGAUAUCCCCGCGGCACUGGCCAUUGGGCCUCCUGCAUCCAGGUAGUAGACCCUGUCACCACCAAAUCUGUGGUUUUCACCCUGGAGCUUGAGGAGAAUGAAGCGGCAGUCAGCGUUGCCGCGGUCUCAUUCGAGAGCCAGGAUAACGAAACGUUUUUGGUUGUGGGAACUGGUAAAGACAUGACUGUCAGUCCUCCUGGAUCCUCUGGCGGUUUCAUCCACAUCUAUCGAUUCCAAGACGAUGGCAAAGAGCUGGAAUUCAUUCACAAGACCGAGGUUGAUGAGCCUCCUCGCGCCCUGCUGGGUUUCCAAGGUCGUAUGCUCGCCGGCAUAGGACCUAUUCUCCGCAUCUAUGAUCUUGGCAUGAAGCAACUGCUACGAAAAUGCCAAGCAUCCGUGGUUCCCAAGACCAUCGUUGGCCUGAAAACGCAAGGAAGUCGAAUCGUUGUCAGUGACGUUAACGAGAGUGUCACCUACGUUGUCUACAAGGACGGUCCCAACGUCUUGAUUCCCUUCGUGGAUGACUCCAUCGCACGCUGGACUUCCACUAUGACCAUGGUUGAUUAUGAGACCACUGCCGGUGGUGACAAGUUUGGCAAUCUGUGGUUGGUGCGUUGCCCCAGCAAGGUCUCCGAGAAGGCCGAUGAGGAUGGAUCUGGGGUGCACCUCAUUCAUGAAAAGGGCUAUCUUCAUGGAAGCGCGAGUCGCUUCGAGUUGAUGAUUCACUUCUACGCUCAGGAUAUCCCCACCAGCGUGCACAAGACCCAAUUGGUGGCUGGCGGUCGUGACAUUAUUGUGUGGACCGGCCUCCAUGGCACCGUUGGAAUGUUGGUUCCCUUCCUCAGUCGUGAAGAUGUCGACUUCUUCCAGCAGCUGGAGACACAGUUGGCUUCACAGCAACCACCCUUGGCUGGUCGAGACCAUCUGAUGUACCGCGGCUACUAUGCCCCGGUGAAGGGCGUUAUUGACGGAGAUCUCUGCGAGAUGUAUCUCCUGCUGCCCAGUGAUAUGAAAAUGAUGAUUGCCGCGGAACUUGAUCGCUCUGUCCGUGAGAUUGAGCGCAAGAUUUCGGAUAUGCGAACACGGGUGGCGUAUUGA